CGGCGGCCCAGUCUUACCAGCCGCUCCCGCACGUGUAGAAAAUUCUAGGGUUCAAAUCAAAUCGACCUUGUCCUCCUCGCCCUAUCCUCUCGCUUCCCCCGUCCAAUCCCCACCUCAGCAAGCAAACCCUAAUCGACUGCCACGGAGGAGGCAGGAUCGAAGGUGCGCGACCGAGCGGGAGCUGGCCGUACCUGAGAUCCGAGCCACCGGAGCUCAAAAUCCCCCCCGCCGCCGCCGCCGUCGCUCUCGCGCCGCGGCAGGAGGGUGAUGAGAUCUUCGGGAGCGGGCCUCGCUCGGUCAUAAGAUGCUAGCCGGCGGCGUUGGCAGCAACAGAGGCGGCAGCUCCCAUCUCUCCUCCCCCUCCUCCCAGAGGGACCUCCGCGGAGGCCGGAGCUUCCUCUUCGGGAACACCUGGUUCAUGCUCUCCGCCUACCCGGCGCGCCUGCUGCACACCGCCGACCGCCGCGCGCCCGCCGCCGCCUUCGUCGCCGCCGCCAUCCACCGGACGCCCCGCGUCGUGCGCGCGCACGGCGGCACGGGACAGGGCCUGCUGCAGCGGGGCAUCGUCAUGGCCGCCUGCGGCUACGCCUUCGGGCGGGCCGACCUCGGCGCCGCCGCCAAGCGCCAGCUGGAGAAGGACUCCUCGUCCGUGGCUGCCCACGCCUCGCGCAUCGUCGCCAUGGGGUCAGCUGGGACGGCGGCGAGGCCCGACGUCUCGUUCAAGUACCGGGGUUUGGAGUACUGUAAGAAGGUCGGCGUGAGCUUGAGAUGCCGCGAGCAGUGGGGGAUGGCUAGGACGUUCUGGACCAGUGCGGUUGGGCCGGGCAGGCAGCUCAGCUUCUCGGUUGACCCUUGGGCUCGGGAUUUCAGCACGUCGUGUGCGGCGCCUUACUCUGCUGGAGCUACAGAGAGUCAACUGACUCUGGAUGAGGCACUACAGGAGAAGCAGACGGAUAACUCCACCGUUGCCUCUGAUGGGAAGUCACCUGCUCCUGAAAAACUGAAGCUGGUCUCAGGUUCUUGUUACCUGCCUCAUCCUGCUAAGGAGGCGACUGGCGGCGAAGAUGGUCACUUCAUUUGCAUUGAUGAACAGGCGAUUGGUGUGGCAGAUGGUGUUGGUGGUUGGGCAGAUCACGGUGUUGAUGCUGGACUAUAUGCGAAAGAACUAAUGAGUAAAUCAAUGAGUGCUAUCAAGGAUGAACCAGAAGGUGCAAUUGACCCAUCAAGAGUUCUGGAGAAAGCUUUUACAGGCACCAAAGCAAGGGGAUCAUCAACUGCUUGCAUCAUCACUCUUAAAGAACAGGGUCUUCAUGCUGUAAAUCUUGGGGACAGUGGCUUCAUAGUGGUCAGAGAUGGCCGCACUGUUCUCAAAUCACCUUCACAGCAGCAUGAUUUUAAUUUUACUUAUCAGCUCGAGAGUGGGGGUGGCAGUGAUCUUCCAAGUUCUGCCGACGUAUUUCACUACUCAACCUGUACGACAACGAAAUCACUGCCGUCGUUGUCGAGGCCCUCAGGAGUGGCCUCGGUGCCCAGGGCACAGCUCAGAAAAUCGCCGCCCUUGCUCGGGAGAGAGCAGAGGAUAAGCACAGGCAGUCACCCUUUGCAGCCGCUGCUCAGGAGGCUGGGUACAGGUACUAUGGAGGGAAGCUCGACGACAUCACGGUCGUGGUGUCAUACGUGAUGAGCGCAGCAGCUGUUUAAUGCGAUGAUGCUUCUAUUUUCUGUUGUAAUGUACAUAACCUUUGCCCCAAACUCAUGGGAGCUCCUACGCCCCGGGGAGUAGAUUCCUAGGCUGGUUUAUUCGAGUGUUGGGGAUCUCCUGACACCUUAAUGUUUUAGAGUAUUGAGAUUGCGCUUUGGCUCGGGAAAUUGUGGCGAAAAACCAUGUCUGCCCCCCUUCUCAUUUAGCACUACAUGAGAUGCUUCUUGUAAACCCAUCCUUGGUGGAAGGAGAACCACCACCUGCUGGCAAAGUUUUGUUGUAUUCAUA